AUGGUGGACAAAAUUGCCAAGCAGAAUGUGAGACAGAUCCAGUUCCUGCCCACUUUCUACUGGUAUGACGUGGGUCCCCUGGACCCACCUGCGGGGUUUGACGAGACCUGCAGCACCAGCGACCUCGGAGGCUACUACUGCUUCAACCGCUUCAAUGCUACCAGAGUGCAGCACUGGUGCUAUGACCGACAGGGCCUGUCCUGCCAGGAGGUCACCCAGCAGAAUAUCACAGACCUGAUUGAGAACCUUGGGGGCUGCAUGAAGCAUGCUGUGGACCUAGGCUUUGACAUUGCAAUCAAUUCGCGCGUCGACGACGGGCGAGCUCUGGGAGGCUGGCGCAAUACACUCGACUUUGAUCCGCUGGAGAUUUCGGAAAACUGGUCGUACCUGGAGGCUGUGCUCUACCCCCUAGCCGAUGCUGUGCGGCUGGCUGCCAAGCCCUCGACCAGGGUCGACUUUGUGCUUCAGGGUGAGAUGGGAGCUACCAUUUUCAUGCACCCAGUAGAGUGGAUGGAGGUAAAGGAUGCGGUCCUGGAGCGGGUGACUGCCCCUCGGCCCGGCCAGCCUGACAUCGAGCCCGCCCAGGUGUUUUUCGGCAUGGCUGUGAACAACAACAAGCUGUGCGGAUGCAUCGGGAUUGGAAUUGAGGACGCAACCGAGUACCUCGCUGCCUUCCCAGCUAGCUUUAACGCUGUGAAAGCAGAGUUUGAUCUGCCUGCACUCAAGGCCCUGUUCUACGACUAUGACUUCAUUGGUAAGCGGUGUGAGCUUGCAAAGUCAUCUUACGCAUGGGUCUGGACAGCUACUCAUGCCCUCGUAAACGCUGGCAUUCAAGAAACAUCCCCAUCCCCUCAAACAAACGACAAUCUUGCAGGCAUCUCAGCCUAUGUGCCCAUGCGAUCCCCCAACUUCUCCAUCUGCGACUUUGAGGGACUGAUGGAGCGCCUGGAUGAAGAGCUGUCCUACUACGAUUUGUCCCUGGAGGACCUAGGAGAUGACGGCAAAGAAAUACACUUUGUGGAGUUUGGGAUCGGCGGCGGCACCAACCAGGCCGGCGUCGGGGUGGCCAGGACUGCUGAACAGGCAGCAUACUACCCCUUCUACGGCAUCUACGGCGCCUACAGUUGCCAGGCAGACCCCUUCAACAUGUGCGACCUGGCGACGCCCUCCCCGGUCCGAGACUACCGGCGCAAGUACUUUGAAGGCAUCUCGCAGUACCUACUCCAGGGCGGUUGUAGAUACCGCGUGUCCACCGUCUACCUCUGGAACCUGCAGUCUUGGGACCCGCAAGCCAUCUAUCCCCUUCCCUUUGCCGAUGCUGCCUCGCAAGCCGCCAAUCCAACCGCCUACUACGACCCCGUCGUAGUCGCCACCAUCAACGCCCACAACGCCGAGGCUGCGGCCCGUGCCGACGGCUGCGCAGCACGAGCCCCCGAGGCCGAACUCGAGGCGGAGCUAGGUGUUGCAUCUAUCGUCCCGCCAGCGUGCUGA